AUGUCGGACCAACAACGUGCCUCGCUAUGCCCUCGUCUGGUGGACUACAUGGCCAUUGUGGGGGCACAUACGACCCCGCCGAUGCCCAAGGGAAUGCAGGGCAACAAGGCUCCUCCAGUGCAGGUACCCGAUUUGUUGCGUCGUUAUCCACCAUCGGAUCAUGCGGAUUUUCCGCUACCGCUGGACAUGGUAUACUUUUGUCAGCCGGAGGGUUGCACCAGCGUGGGACCACGACGCACUGGCUCCGCCAUUAGGGACAUGACGUCCUUUGUUUUUGCGCUGACGGACAAGGAUUCCGGGAAGACACGCUACGGCAUUUGUGUGAAUUUCUACAGACCCAUUGAGCGGCCCAGUUCGGCGACGGCCAGCGGUGCAGCGGGCACGGAACGUGCUGGUUAUGCCGGCAAUGGUGCGCAUGGUGGACAUGGUGCGGGCGGUGGUGCCGGCGGUGGUGCGAGGGGACGACGCUCGUCGGCAUUUCGGCGGGAAUCAUGGCGCAAGAGCAUGGAACGUAGCUCCGAUUCGGCAUUUAGCAGCGACUACAGAAGUAACGUCGCGCCCAGCGAUUCGGAUCGUGAACUGACAUCGCGUCGCGACUCCGAUCAACAGCGUCUCCAUUCGCAUCAUCAGCAGCAGCAGCAACAGCAGCAACAGCAACAGCAUCAGCAACAAGGUCAGCAUCAAGGUCAGCCGGUGCCCAAAUUGGGCUUAAUGGCACCAUCGGCUGAUUCGGAAUCCGGCGGAAGUCAUUCGCCGUCACCACGCGCCUCCCGGAAGCGCACAAAGCUGCGCAAUCAAUCGUUAACCUCUCUGUGCAUUAUAUCGCAUCAUCCGUUCUUUACCACCUUCCGGGAGUGUCUGUUCAUAUUGAAGAAACUGAUCGAUGCCUGCAAUGAGUCGUCAUCGCCGAAACGGGUCGGAGCAUCGCAGAAAAUCAAUCGGGAUAACGUUUGGACGGUGCUGGCGGGUCAUGCCAGUGAGGCGACACCCUCCAUUGUGUUGCACGAUGUGCGCGAGAUCGAGACGUGGAUAUUACGGCUGCUCUCAACGCCGGUGCCGGUGCCGGGCUCUACGCGUGUCGAGGUGGAGGUGCUGUCGCCCACUGUGCAUGAACCUUUGCUAUUCGCAUUGCCGGAUCAUACGAGAUUCUCGUUGGUUGAUUUCCCACUGCAUUUGCCGUUGGAGCUGCUUGGCGUUGAGACAUGUCUGAAGGUCUGGACAUUGAUAAUACUGGAGAAUAAGGUGCUAUUUCAGUCGCGUGAUUAUAAUGCAUUAUCCAUGUCGGUAAUGGCAUUUGUCACAAUGCUCUAUCCAUUGGAGUACAUGUUCCCAGUGAUACCAUUGUUACCCACAUGCCUCAGCUGUGCUGAGCAGCUACUGUUGGCUCCCACGCCCUUUGUCAUCGGUGUGCCCGCCUCCUUUCUCAUCUACAAAAAGAACUUUAGGUUGCCCGAUGACAUUUGGGUGGUGGAUUUGGAUUCGACAAAACUGACACCGCCCACAGGUGGUUACGAUGAGAUCCCUCCAUUACCCGAACCGGAGGGUACCAUACUGAAGAAUCAUUUAAAGCAGGCAUUAACCUCGAUGACGGCCUCCAAUCAGGCCGUAUCCUCUCAGCAACUGUUACCCUCGGUGCGGGACAGUCUCCAGGAGCCGCCAUUAUUGGGUGUGUCCCAAGUGCGUCUGCCCUUGCAAACGCCUCCGCACUCAGCGCAGGCAAGUCAAAGGAACUCAGUGUCCGCGCAGGGAGCAUUGAUGUCUCGUCAGCCAAGUCCAAUGAAUUCUCCGGCUCUCAAUCCAUUUGUGUACGGCACAGACGUUGAUUCCGUGGAUGUGGCCACUCGGGUGGCCAUGGUGCGUUUCUUUAAUGCACAGAAUACGUUGGCCAAUUUUGCGGAGCACACGAGGACAUUGCGUCUGUAUCCGCGACCUGUGGUCGCCUUUCAAAUAAAUAGUUUCCUGCGAUCGCGUCCCCGUGCCUCCAGUUUCCUCAAUCAGUUUGCACGAACGCAAGCGGUGGAGUUCCUUGCCGAAUGGUCGCUGACACCCACAAAUGUUGCCUUUCUGCGCGUACAGACGGGCGUCAUGGAUCCCAUGCAGGUGGGCGAUAAGCCCAAAUGGUUUGCCCACUCCCUCACUCCCAUACGGUUUUCGGUGUGGGACGAUGGUAGUUCCCUCAAUGGAGCCUUGCGUUCCCUCAAACAGCUCGAGUGCCAGCCGACGGAUGAAAGUGGCUCGGAUUCGGAGGGCGGCGAUAGCAGUAGCUCUUCGUAUAGUUCCCUCAGUGACUUUGUCUCGGAGAUGGCUUCGUCGGAUUUGUCGCCCAGUUUGCAUGAUGUUUUCGGCUCAUACAAUCGACCACAUGUGGUACCACAGACACUGUCCUCCAAUUUGGAUCCAGCGCUGGUUUAUCAUCCACCCAGUAAGCUGCAAUAUCCCGAGGGUAUAGCCGGUCCGGCGACCCACAAAGAGGAUGAGGAACGUGCGGAUUCACCGGUUUCUUCAUCAUCUAGUCGCUCGGAUCUGAGCUCACCCAGUUUUAAUCGCGACUCUGAGUUUGAUUUCCAGCCCAAGUCGGGCCAACCGUCGUCACAGGCGGCCUUUGAGUUGGCCACACCCUUGGCCAUGCGCCUGGAGGCGACUAUAAAAAUGGUCAGUCUGGAGGCGGAGUCGGAUACAACUUCAACGGUCACUGGAAAGAGCAUAGCCAGCAAUAAGCUACAGCGUAAUACCAGUGACCUGGAGCGACCUGAGAAAAAGAUACCGCCUCCGCUUACGCCUCCCGUCAAGCAGCCGAGUGUGACCAACAUAUUGGCCCGCACCGGCAGCUCCGGCUCCAGCUCGAGCAGUCCCGGUCGCCAGAGCUCGCAGAGUUCACUUUUCGAGAACUUUGCCUCGCAUGCCAAGGAGCUGGUGCGUGAAACGACGCGACAGAGCAGUCAGGAGGGACUGCUUGCCCAUGUGGACAAGCAUGCACUGGACGAAGAUCUAGAUGACAAAAUGCGUCACACCUUUGAAAAGUUUACGCUGCAUGCGAAGAAGGCAGCUGGUGAGGCCUCCAAGCAAGCGUUGGAGGUGUCCAAGCAGGCGGCUGGUGUUAGUAAGAAUACCUUUGAGGAUCUGACGUAUGUGGGUAAAUCCACGCUGGGCGAUUUGACAAAGACAGCCAAGGAGGCUGCCACGAAGAAGGGCAUCAUUAAGAUUGAGGAGCAUGGUCCGGGUGCUGUGGGUAAUCCCUCGGCCGUUUCCAAUUCCCAAGUUGCUACACAAAAGCAGGUGCAACAAAGUGCUGGUGGCAACAAUUUCUUUAGCUCUAUUGGCACCGAUUUCAAUGGCUUGGCUUCAUCCACAACGACCAUGUUCUCGGGCAUGUUUGGUGGCAAGAAGAGCCAACAAAAGCAGACGACGGUACAGCAUAAGUCCGCCAAUAUGGGCGCAGGAAAAAACAAGUCUGGCAUCAAUUUCGAUCCUUUCCCCAGUCGCAAGGGACUUGUGGAACGCACUCCGCUUAUCAAGCAUUCGGGACCACGAAACACCCAAGAGGAAUUGACACGUCAACAGAAUCAGGAACGUUCCCAUAGUAAUGCUGAAAACCAGGCCUUCCUCAAGGAUGUCACCAAUCAGGUUCUCGCUGGUGAGGGUGUCGGUUGGCUCAAGCUCAAUCGCUUCAAGAAACUCAUGGAGGAUGAAUCCUAUCGCACUCUGGUGCUGAGCAAGCUCAAUAAGACGCUGGACAAGAAAAUAGCACCCGAUGAUCAUAUCGAUGAUGUGUGUGUGACCAAGCCUAUGUGGAAGGGUAUGCUGAAGUGUGUGCAGGCCAUUGCAGCUGGUUUGGAUGUGACUUUCAGUAAUUUUGGACUGGGAGGCAUGGCCUCGGUGUUCCAGCUCAUGGAAGUGGCUCACACGCACUAUUGGACCAAGGAAAUAAACGAGGGUAGCGACAUUUCAUCCAGUUUGCUGUCAAGUCAUGCGGCCACUCCGCUGGGUAGUCGUGAGAAUUUACGCUCUCCAAGCAGUCCGAAUGGUUCGCACUCUGGGCUGGGAAGUGAAUGGGCAUCCCCUCAGGAGUCCCGCAAGAGCUCAACGCACACAGCGCUGCCACCAUCGACGGCAGCGACGCGUCGUCUGUCAUCGGCGGACAGUCAGGAUGGACAGUCGACGACGGAGAUGUUCAAGGAUAUGUUGUCGCAGAAGAGAAGUGCCUUGAAGAAUAUGCUCACCUCGUUCGAUUCAGAUGCUGCUGGCUCUACGGGCGCGCUCUCCGUGGUCAGUGAUCUGCUUCCCGCUGGCAGUCUUAGCGUCCGCAUGCCAUCCAGCUGCCGUUCCACAGUCUCAGACACCGAAUAUGAAAAUACAACCACAUCAAAAGAUUCGAAAAAGAGCUCCGGAAAUCUUUGGUCCGGCAAAUCAACGCUCAGCGCCGGUUUUCGUUAUACGGGCGGACAUUUAAUCAACACAUCUUCUUCCCCAUCGCCGGACAGUCCGAGGGUGUAUCUGUUUGAGGGAUUGCUGGGUAAGGAUCGUCUCAAUCUAUGGAAUCAAAUGCAGUUUUGGGAGGAUGCCUUCCUGGAUGCCGUCAGCCAGGAGCGUGACAUGAUCGGCAUGGAUCAGGGUCCCAUUGAGAUGAUGGAGCGCUACAAAUCGUUAAGCGAUUCGGAGCGUAAGCGUUUAGAGCACGACGAGGAUCGUCUGUUGAGUACAAUGCUAUAUAAUCUAACCGCCAUAUUGGUAAUGCUGAAUGUGACCAAGGAUGAAAUUCGUCGCAAGAUACGACGUCUGCUCGGAAAAAGUCAUAUAGGACUUGUCUACUCGCAGGAGGUGCACAAUGUGGUCGAUCAGAUUAACAAUUUGAAUGGCAAUGAUAUCGAUCUGAAACCCCUGGGAUCACGUCUGUUGCAUCGCCAGAGCUUUACGGUACAUCAGGGCAUCGAUGUGAAUGGACCGUUGCGUUUUAUGGAGGUGCGUGACGAUGGUUUGGUUCUACGCUCCGUGGAUGGUACGAUUGUGGAGCGUUGGUGGUACGAGCGCCUGGUAAAUAUGACGUAUUCUCCAAAGACCAAGCUACUCUGUCUCUGGCGUCGCAAUGGCGGACAGACGCAACUACACAAAUACUAUACCAGAAAGUGCAAGGAGCUAUAUAAUUGUAUUAAGGAGGCCAUGGAGCGUGGUGGCACGCCCACAAAUGUACCCGAAUUGGGCGGUGAGUUUCCCGUACAGGAUAUGAAUACGGGCGAGGGAGGUUUACUCCAGGUCUGUCUUGAGGGUGUCGGUUUGUUGUUCUCCAAUAGCAAGGAUUUCGAGUUCUUUGUGCGUUUGGAUCACAUACGCAAAUGUUUUACACAAAAGGGCGGCAUUUUCGUAUUGGAGGAGUACAAUCCCAAGACGCGCAAUCUGGUACAGCGUAAAUAUCAGUCAAGCAUGGCCGCUGAAAUUGUAUUGAGUUUUCAUCGAGUGACGUCCGUGCAAUUUGCCUACAUUUGUCAUCUGAACGGCAAGCAGCAGCAGCGGAACGCUGGCAAUGAAACAGCCAUGGAACAUUUGGCAAUGGAACAGGGCGCCGCCAAUAUUUCCACUGUUUCCAAUGCAAAUGUGCAAUAAUUAAAUUUGAGAAAGUUACAAUUAUUUUUGCUGUAAAU